ACUCUCUCUAUCUCUCUUAUCCUGCUUCUGCAAUGGCCCUCUGCCAUCACAGUCAACUCCUCGGCCCCAGCCUCCCUAAACCCCAUCAUCCCACCUCCCAGCGCAAGUUAGCCCCAACCCCUACGACGCUCUCCCUCUCUUCCCCCAAUCCCAAACCAUCCUCUUCCCAAAACCCCAACCCCAACCCUCCUACAAUUCCCUCUUCCCAAAAUGCCCUCAAUUCCCUCACAAAAUCCCUAGCUGUAUCCUCCGCCACUGCCCUUCUCUUCCACCUCACUCUCUCCAACGGCAACGGCGAUGGGUUUUUCGGCGGCAGUGGCGGAGGCGGCGGUGCUGGCGAUGGCGGUAAUUUCUGGUCAAAAUUCUUCUCGCCUCUUGCCUUCGCUAAAGACGAGGGCUCUGAAUCCUCUCAGGACUGGGACUCUCACGGCCUUCCCGGCAACAUCGUCGUCCAGCUCAACAAGCUCAGUGCCUUCAAGCGCUACCGUGUUUCGGAGAUCCUCUUCUUCGAUCAGCGCCGCAGGACCACCGUCGGCACCGAGGAUUCCUUCUUCGAGAUGGUUUCUCUUCGCCCAGGUGGGGUCUACACGAAGGCCCACCUCCAGAAGGAGCUCGAGACCCUUGCCACAUGUGGCAUGUUUGAGAAGGUCGACCUUGACGGCCGGACCAAGCCUGAUGGGACCCUCGCCGUCACCAUCUCCUUCACCGAGUCCACUUGGCAGUCUGCUGAUGCCUUCCGCUGCAUCAACGUCGGCCUUUUGCCCCAGUCCAAGCCAAUUGAGAUGGACCCUGACAUGACGGAUAGAGAGAAGAUGGAGUACUUCAGGAGCCAGGAGAAGGACUACCGACGCAGGAUUGAGCGGGCCCGGCCUUGCCUGCUGCCGAUACCGGUGCAGCGGGAGGUGCUGCAGAUGCUGAGGGAGCAGGGGAAGGUGAGUGCACGGCUGCUGCAGAGGAUACGGGACCGGGUGCAGAAGUGGUACCACGAUGAGGGUUAUGCGUGCGCGCAGGUCGUGAAUUUUGGGAACUUGAAUACGCGGGAGGUUGUGUGUGAGGUGGUUGAAGGAGAUAUCACACAGCUGGCCGUGCAGUUUCAGGAUAAGUUGGGGAAUGUGUGCGAGGGAAACACGCAACUUCCUGUUGUGUAUAAAGAGCUUCCGAAGCAGCUUCGACAAGGCCAUGUCUUUAAUAUAGAAGCAGGGAAACAAGCUCUGAGGAAUAUAAACUCGCUUGCAUUAUUUUCAAACAUUGAAGUGAACCCAAGACCUGAUGAAAAGAAUGAGGGAGGAAUUAUUGUUGAGAUAAAGCUUAAAGAACUUGAACAAAAAAGUGCUGAGGUCAGCACAGAGUGGAGUAUUGUGCCUGGACGCCAAGGACGGCCAACACUGGCUUCAAUUCAGCCUGGUGGAACUGUUUCAUUUGAGCAUCGGAACCUCAAAGGGCUAAACAGGUCCAUACUUGGGUCUGUAACCUCCAGCAACCUCCUUAAUCCUCAGGAUGAUCUCUCUUUCAAGCUUGAAUAUGUUCAUCCAUAUCUCGAUGGUGUAUACAAUCCUCGCAACCGGACCUUCCGUACAAGCUGCUUCAAUAGCCGAAAACUGAGUCCUGUAUUCACAGGUGGCCCAGGGGUGGAUGAAGUUCCAGCAAUAUGGGUUGAUAGAGUGGGCUUCAAAGCCAAUAUCACAGAGAGCUUCACCCGACAAAGCAAAUUUACUUAUGGUCUAGUGAUGGAAGAAAUCACAACACGUGAUGAAACCAGUAGCAUUUGCACUAAUGGUUCCCGGGCACUACCAAGUGGUGGAUUAAGCAUGGAUGGGCCUCCAACAACUCUCAGUGGUACCGGCAUCGACCGUAUGGCAUUCGCGCAGGCAAAUAUUACACGUGAUAACACAAAGUUCGUAAAUGGAACAAUUGUUGGUGAGAGGAAUGUUUUCCAGUUAGACCAGGGCCUUGGCAUCGGCAGCAACUUCCCAUUUUUCAAUCGCCACCAGCUAAUUGUAACCCGCUUCAUUCAAUUGAAGCCUGUAGAGGAGGGCGCUGGUAAACCUCCCCCGCCUGUAUUGGUCCUUCACGGGCAUUAUGGUGGUUGCGUGGGAGACCUCCCAAGCUAUGAUGCUUUUACUCUUGGUGGGCCGUACUCGGUGAGAGGUUAUAACAUGGGUGAACUGGGUGCCUGCCGGAAUAUACUAGAGCUUGCAGCAGAGCUGCGGGUGCCGAUUAGAAACACGCAUGUAUAUGCGUUUGCAGAACAUGGAAAUGACUUGGGAAGCUCCAAGGAUGUAAAAGGCAACCCAACGGAGUUCUUCCGGCGAGUGGGCCAGGGCUCAUCUUACGGUGUCGGCGUCAAGCUGGGUCUUGUACGAGCUGAGUAUGCCGUUGAUCAUAAUGCAGGGACGGGGGCGGUAUUCUUCCGGUUCGGAGAGAGAUUUUGAGGUGCAUUUUUUUAAUAUGAUUUACAUGCAUGUUAUGAUUUUUUUUAGACCGAUUCGGUUUAGCGAGGUUGUGAAGAAAUAUCGGGCUCUUUUAGCGCCCACGGAUUCGAGUGAGAUAUUUGGAAAACCGGCAUUAGAUUGUCAAGGAAAUUGAGCUUUGAUCUCUGGUAUAAAUCAACGUUGUGUGUGCAGUGCACCCUCUGAUCGUAGCUGAUAAGAUGUCCAUAUUUCAUGA